CAGUAGACGAUCGAGGAGCAUUACGAUUUCUGUGGUGGCAAGAUGGUUGGCUAGGCGUUGGCCGCGAGGAGUUAUUGCGGAAUGCGAGCAAUCCGCGGACGAACUUGUCAGAACGGUUAAAAUAAGAACGAGAAACGGCGAGGUGAAGCGCGAUAUACGUAAGAUAUGUCUACUAGAGGGAUGUCAUUAGUAAGAGAGCCGGGCACGAGGGUUAUUCUGUAUAACAUGAUUCAUAAAAUCCUAGUCGGAUUUUGGGGGCCGGUGUAAGAUCAAUUCUAUUCCCAUCCUUGAAUCAAGGCAACCUGUCCCGGAUCAGCCUAGCGUUGUUGCAACCCAAUUAUCCAUGCCUAACGUGUCUAUCCCCUCUUGUUUAAUGAACUGUGUAUAUGUGUUUUUACCUCGAUCCGUUUAGUCAGACAGUUGAACUCAUGGCCCAAUCAGAGUAUUUUGUGAACUGUUAAUUUUGCUGACCCAUGUCUAACUUUGUACUAUUCUGUCGAGUUUAUCUUAUUUAUUGAUUUUCAUCUGUAUUUUCCUACCUGGUUAAGUAGCCAAUUAAAUUCUAUCUUUGUGCCUAUGCUCGGUCUAUCUCUCUUAAACGCUCUCUGUUUUAUGCCAUACCUUACUUGGGUUCAUUCUUCUACUGACUGCUUACCUGAACGGUCGUGUCUGGUUCCGGCUAGUUCGCAAUUUUGGUUUUAACGUUAUUCCGCUCUGAUAGCGGUACCUUGCUUUCUGUUAAGCAUUGUGCUUUGUACUCUUGAAACCGUUAAGAUUUCUACGUCAUGCAGUUGAACUUCUCCAGUUGGCUGUACAAUCCUAUACUCCGUUGUUUAUCAAUGAUACAUCGAAUAAGAAUGGAGAAACUGUAUUCAAACAAACUGUUGAACUGAUCUGCUCUCAGUUAUCUGCGUUGAAAAAAUAUUCCUAUCAGACUAUCGGUUCGUCAUCAUCUUCACUGGAAGUAACUUUACAAUCACCAUCUACAGAUUUAACCCAGUUAGACCAACCUGGUGAUAAGGAACUUGCUGAACUUAUGAAGAAAAUGCAGGAUUCCAUCAAUAACUUAUAUGCAGAUCUACAGAAUGAAUGGCUUCAAGGAUCCUAUAGACAAUUAAGUCUUUGCCAGAUUGAAAUGACUGAUUCCAAGUCUUCGCGUCCCUGUCUACCUGAUCAUCAAUCAUCAAAUAAGAAUUCAAACAGUAUGAAGGAUAAGAUCUAUGAAAGUUUUGAUAAAUUUCUGGAGGAUUCUCAAGAUGAGUCAAAUGGUAGUGAGGGUGGUAGUGCAUCGACAUCAUCGAUUUCAAUUGGCCUUUCAGACAGUGUUCACAUGAGUCAAAUAUCACCAGGAAAAUCAUUAGACAGGAGUAUUUGUCAAUCAGAUUCACGUAUGAAUUCUACUUGUACCUCACCAACGGAAUCUUCAUCAUCCUCAUCAGCAGGGGAUAAUAAUGACUCAAAUGCUGCAUUAAACAAUGACAACAGUAUGAAUAAUACUAUCUUAAUUGACAAUGAUAAUAAUAAUAAUAGUGAGGAGAAUAAUACAAUUGAAAAUGUGUCCUUAUCUCCUGAAGAGCAUUCAUUCUAUACAACCCCAAAGUAUUUUAACUCUUCUCCCUCUUCUUCUUCUACUUCUUUGUUCGAACAAGAGGAAGUGGAAAAUGAUUUACAAAAGUUAAGCAUAAAUCCAACAGAUACCAUUCAUUCAAAGCCAUCACCUCAACUGUCUUCAUCUUUCGAAAAUCUUCCCGAUAUAAGUGAAGAAACCUGGAAAUUUUCAUUCCCCACAACUAAACCGUCGUCUUCUAGUCAAUCAAAUGAAAAAGGUCAUUGUGUUUUAAAAGACUUCUCUAAUAUAUCAAAUUGUCUGUUGUUAUCUGUCCCUCAAAAAGUAUCUAGAAAAUCUUCGUCUAAUCAAUUAAAAACUAGUUUUAAUCUAAUGGAUGACGAUUUAGACUUUGUCAAUGAUCUCCUUCCAUCAUCUCCAAAUUAAAUCUGUGCUGUACAAGUACACUAAAAGCAUGUUAUUUAAUGUAUUGAUGAUUUUGGAAUUUAUUACUAUUAUUAUAAAUAUUACUAUUUUGAUAAAUAUAUGUAUACUAAGUAACAUUGGUGUUCAGUGUUAUGAUGGAGUGAUACUGGGUAGUGGCAGGUUUGUGUGGCAUGACCCGACAUUAUGGUCAGCAGGGCACUGACCCAUACUGAGAUUAACGCAACCGGAAUGACCCUCUUUAUUUGACAAAAUAUAUGGUAUGUAUAUUGUAUUUACGAAUUUCUCAGAAAUUUAAGCCAUAAAUAUAUAAACAAACAAAUCUGAUUGGUUGUUGAACGUCGUCGGAAUGUGUGAUACACUUGUGAUAUCACAGAUAUAUGGAAAAUUCUACUGCCCAUACAACAAAUAGGAGAAGACAGAGAAAACUAUAAAAAUGAAAUCUCGAGGUCGUGUGACAAAAAUUGAUAUGAUUAUGAACAAUAAAUUGUGUUCGAAACGUCAUCCAGUAUACAAUACUGUUUCACUGUGUGAUACAUUUAAUAAUCAAACUAAUAUGGAAUUACUUAAUACCACAGUGCCCAAGUUUUACACAUAUAUUGAAAUGCAAUUAACAUAUUUGUGAUUAUAAUCAUAGUUUAAUGUCAAGUGGCAAAAUAAUUAAUGUCAUAUAUAGAAUAAUACAUAAGGUAUAUAGAUUUUGGAAAGGUAUACAUAAUUAUAAGAUUAGUAGACGAAUAUAAAAUGUUGCAUAACAUGGUGUGAAAUUUGAUAAGAUAGAAUUAAAUAUUGUAAAAAUAAAAAAAUUUAAUAAUCAAACUAAUAUGGAAUUA